AACACACUAUCCUUUCGAAAGGUUUCUUAUUUAUUCCGUCAGAGUGACUAAUCACGACGCGAAGAAGAUUGAUUAACAUUUGACGUUCUUACUUUGAUUUGGGGGAUUUGUUUUAUGCUGAAAAUGUUCACUAAAAUAUUCAGUAUAAAGUCUAUAAAUUUUCAUCCUGAAUUCUGAUAAGGGAAAUUUACAAGAGUAUUCAGAAGGGGGAAAAGUGGGAGUGAUUCAGGAGGCCGGCGAGGUCCACACUCUAGACCCCACACCUGGCACUGGCACUGGCACGGGGGAACCUUCACCACCACUCCACCUACACUACAACAGCAACAAAUAUUAUCAGUUAGCGGGAGGAGGAAGAAUUUACACAAGAGGAGUGGCGGCGGCGGGACUGGUGUGAGCUGCGGGUCUAGCAAGGUAGACAGAAUGUCAUUGUCUACAUCAUGGUUUCUCCACCGUGCAGUGCGAAGUUUUUCCACGUCGGCCAAAACAAACAUCAAUUGUCAUAGAGCUAGUAUAGCACGCAUUGGACGUUUGACGUAUGCACGCAUGUACCCAACCAUAAUGGUACAAAGUGAUGGCUCAACUAUCACCAUUAGAUACCAUGAGCCAAGAAAAAUAAUAAAGAUGCCACUUGACCUAACCACUCUUACUGAAGCUGAGAGGAGGAAGCGCUUAGAAAGUCGCAAACCUAAAAUUAAGGUCGUGAUAGAAGAUGAUGUUGACGAUGACUUUAAAUUGGAUUCCUACGAACAUCUAUGGAAGAAGUAGUAUUCUGACAAUUGACCUUAUGACAAUUGUAUAAAAAAAUAAAAUAAAAACUUUCACUUUAUCCCAGAAAUCAUCAUCAAUCACCAGCUAUAUAUCUGACAAAUUAUCAAAAUACAUGUAUUUUUAAGCAUAUGUAACUGAAUAUUUUCUACAGGAACUUUCUACACAUCAUCAUUUUACACAAUGAAGUCACAAUAAUGUGAUAUAUCUAUGAGAAACUCUGGAGGAAGACAAGGGGAUGGAACCAGCAUUCUGUGUCACUACAGGAUACUGGUUCAGUCUCACUGUUCUGCUCCUAAGAGUUCUCAUCAUUGUUUUAGAACAUGAAAUGAUUGUGAUCAUCAUUUUGAUGUAUGUGGACAUACAAUAUAUGAUUUGUAUUUGAUCUCAUUUAUUUCAUUAGAAAAGCAUUUUUAGUGUCCUCAAAGUUCAGAAAUAGUUUUUUCAUGUCACUUUUCCUUGGAAUGCAGAAAAUGGUAAGCCAUAUGUUCCAGAAGUUCUCCAAAGGCAUCAAGUUAUCUGGCUAGUUAGUUAUCUACUUAGCUGCAGUUUUAUGUAAGGAGCAUCAUGUUUAAGGUGCUUUUUAUAUCUUUGAUUAUAGAAACUCUUAAUUGUAAUACAAGCUUAAGCCUACAAUAAAAGAUCCUUUUGAUUGUUGGCAUUAAACUAGUGUAUUGUAGUAUACUGUAUAUUAAAAAUCUGUUUGUAUAAAGGUAACAAAAAUAA